UUUACAUGCACAAAUAUUCUAUAAAUUAGUACACUCAUCAGUCUUCACUUCACUCAUCACUUCAUCAACUCACUAACAAGUAUUGUUACUAAACUUUCCCUUUGAUAUUAUCUUCAUGGCAACCAUGGCUGCAACUCUCGCCUCUUCACUCACCUCGAAAAUCUUCGAUAACAAAACCUCCUUCAAUGGCUCACCCGUGUUCUCCCGGGUGCAAUCCAUCAAAUCUGCCCCUAAGAACCACUCAUCUACCAUCUCUGCGGUUGCAACUCCUAACUAUGACCUAGACAACUUCAAAUUCAACCCUAUCAAGGAGUCCAUCGUGUCCCGAGAGAUGACACGGAGAUACAUGACCGACAUGAUCACGUAUGCAGACACUGAUGUUGUUGUUGUAGGUGCAGGAUCAGCUGGCCUAUCAUGUGCCUAUGAGCUCAGCAAGAACCCUGACAUCAACAUAGCAAUUAUUGAACAAUCCGUGAGCCCUGGUGGCGGUGCGUGGCUAGGUGGACAGCUUUUCUCAGCUAUGGUUGUUCGUAAACCAGCUCACAAGUUCCUUGACGAGCUCGAGGUGGAGUACGAUGAGCAAGAUGACUACGUGGUCAUCAAGCAUGCAGCACUUUUUACGUCGACUAUUAUGAGCAAGCUUUUGGCUAGGCCUAAUGUGAAGCUGUUCAAUGCAGUGGCGGCUGAGGAUUUGAUUGUCAAGGGAGACAGAGUUGCUGGAGUUGUGACAAAUUGGGCUCUUGUGUCCAUGAACCAUGACACACAAUCUUGCAUGGACCCGAAUGUCAUGGAAGCUAAGAUUGUGGUUAGCUCGUGUGGGCAUGAUGGUCCUUUUGGAGCCACUGGUGUCAAGAGGUUGAGGAGUAUCGGGAUGAUUGAGAGCGUUCCUGGAAUGAAGGCUCUUGAUAUGAAUGCUGCUGAGGACGCGAUUGUUAGGCUUACUAGAGAAAUUGUGCCCGGGAUGAUUGUUACUGGCAUGGAAGUGGCUGAGAUUGAUGGAUCCCCAAGAAUGGGACCGACAUUUGGGGCGAUGAUGAUGUCAGGACAGAAAGCAGCACAUCUGGCAUUGAGGGCAUUAGGUCUACCAAAUGCUCUGGAAGAGAGCCAACCAGAGUUUGUAAUUGCAGAUGCUGCGGAUGAGAUUGUGGAAGCUUGAUCAAUCUAAUAGUAGUACGACUGUACGUGUAAUGUUAUGAGAUAAAUAAAGCAAGAUUGUGCAAUAAACUUUCUUUGGAAGGGAGAACAGAUGUGGAUUUGUUCCUGUUUUUAGAGUAAGGGGUGAAGAUGUUGAUAAGGUGAUCAUGAAUGUAUUGUAGUAGCUUUUGGUUCUGCUUGGACCCUAGUAAUGAUUUUAUAAUCGUCUGAUUCCUCGGCCACCUGUUAAUAGGAUAACAGAUUGAAAUUUGCAUCUAUGGAAUUGUUAAUUCUGGA